UGCGAGCUCAUGAAUCAGGGCAUAUUGGCGUUGGUUACCUCGACGGGCUGCGCUUCAGCCAGCGCGCUGCAGUCUCUGACGGACGCCAUGCACAUCCCCCACCUGUACAUCCAGAGGAACAGUGAGGGGUCGCCAAGGACUGCCUGCCAGUUCAACCCGAGCCCCGGCGGUCAGCGCUACACGCUGGCCGCGCGACCGCCCGUCCGCCUCAACGACGUCAUGCUGACUCUGGUGGAGGAGCUGCGCUGGCAGAAGUUCAUCGUGUUCUAUGACAUCGAGUACGAUAUUCGCGGACUGCAGGGGUUUCUGGACCAGACGUCUCGUCAGGGCGUGGAUGUGGCCUUGCAGAGAGUGGACAGAAACAUCAGUAAGGUCUUCACCAACCUCUUCACCACCAUGAGGACCGAGGAGCUCAAUCGGUACAGAGACACUCUGCGCAGAGCCAUCCUGCUGCUGAGCCCCCACGGAGCCCACACGUUCAUCCAGCAGGCGGUGGAGACGAAUCUGGCCUCCAAAGACAGUCACUGGGUGUUUGUGAACGAGGAAAUCAGCGACACGGAGAUCCUGGAGCUUACCCACAGUGCACUGGGCCGCAUGACGGUGAUCCGGCAGAUCUUCCCCUUGUGGAGGGACAGCAGCACCCGCUGCAUGAGGCACAACCACCGGAUCUCCUCCCUGCUGUGCGACCCACAGGAAGGAUACCUGCAGAACCUGGAGGUAUCUAACCUCUACCUGUACGACAGCGUGCUGAUGCUGGCCAACGCCUUCUACAGGAAGUUGGAGGACAGAAAGUGGCACAGUAUGGCCAGCCUCAACUGCAUCAGGAAGUCCACCAAGCCGUGGAACGGAGGCUGGUCCAUGCUGGAGACCAUCCAGAAGGGCAACAUCACAGGUCUGACGGGUACGAUGGAUUUUAAGGACAGCGGCUCCAAUUCUCACGUCCAGUUUGAGAUCCUCGGCUCGAGCUUCAGCGAGACCUUCGGCAAGGACAUCAAGAGGCUCGCCACGUGGGACUCGGUCCACGGACUGAACGGCAGUCUGAAGGAGAGUCGAAUAGAGAACGGCAUGCAGGGAGUGACGGUCAAAGUGGUCACUUUAUUGGAGGAUCCCUUUGUCAUGGUGGCAGAGAACAUCCUGGGCCAGCCAAAGAGAUACAAGGGCUUCUCCAUCGACGUCCUGGACGCCCUCGCCAAGAUCCUGGGCUUCAAAUACGAGAUCUACCAGGUGGCAGACAGUAAAUAUGGAUCUCAGCUUCCCAACGGCUCGUGGAACGGCAUGAUUGGUGAUCUCAUCAACAAGAGAGCCGACCUGGCGGUGUCAGCCAUCACCAUCACCCCAGAGAGGGAGAACGUGGUCGACUUCAGCAAACGCUACCUGGACUACAGCGUCGGCAUCCUGCUGCGAAAGCCUGAGGAAAAGAUCAAUAUCUUCUCUCUGUUUGCACCUUUUGACCUCGCCGUGUGGGCCUGCAUCGCCGCUGCCAUCCCCGUGGUGGGAGUGCUCAUCUUCCUGCUCAACAGGCUGCAGGCGCUGCGCUCCUCCUCCACCCAGACUGCCCCGCCAGGCCAGCCCACCACGGGCAUGGGGUCGGGCACUCUGCACAGCGCCAUCUGGAUUGUUUAUGGAGCCUUCGUACAUCAAGGUGGGGACGGUGUGAUUGGCUCGGUGGCUCUGAGGAUCGUCAUGGGCAGCUGGUGGCUCUUCACGCUCAUCGUGUGUUCGUCGUACACGGCCAACCUGGCGGCGUACCUCACCGUGUCACGGAUGGACCACGCUAUACGGUCUUUCCAGGACCUGGUGCGACAGAUUGAUGUGGACUACGGCACGGUGAGGGACUCGGCGGUCUACGACUACUUCAGGAACAAAGGCACCAACCCUCUGGAGCAGGACAGCACCUACGCAGAGCUGUGGAGGACGAUCAGCAAGAACAACGGCAUGGACUUCUCUGUGUCCAGCCCGUCUGAGGGCAUACGCAAGGCGAAGAAGAGUCCCUACGCCUUCCUGUGGGACAUGGCGGUGCUGGAGUACGCAGCCCUGACGGAUGACGACUGCACCAUCACCGUGUCAGGAAGCAGCAUGAGCAGCAAAGGUUACGGCAUCGCCAUGCAGCACGGCAGCCCCUACAGAGACCUCUUCUCUCAGAAGAUCCUGGAGCUGCAGGAGAAAGGUGACCUGGACAUCAUGAAGCAGAAGUGGUGGCCUCGCACCGGCCGCUGCGACCUCAACAGCCACGCCAGCGCCCACCCGGACGGCCGUUCCCUCAAGCUGCACAGCUUCGCCGGCGUCUUCUGCAUCCUGGCCGCCGGCCUGCUGCUGGCCUGCCUGGUGGCCGGGCUGGAGGCUUGGUGGAACAGCAACCGCUGCCGCCAGGAGCAGCCCAAAGAGGACAAGGAGGUGAAUCUGGAACAGGUGCAUCGUCGUAUGAACAGUCUUUUGGACGAGGACUUGGCUCACAAGCAGAUCCCCGGCCCCUCUAUCGAGAUCUCUGCGCUGGACAUCGGCAGCAUGCAGCCCAGCCAGGCCUCUCUGGUGUCGGGCCCGGAGUCCGUGCGGGACUACCCGCCCUCGGGCCUCGCUGUGACCACCUUCCUCCCCGGGGAGGGAGCGCCUCCUCCUCUUCCCCACCCUCACCAUGGGGGGACCCUGGGCAGGACGCUGCCCCCAUCCCAGGGCCCUGGCAGCAACACGUUGCCCCUGCACCACCCGCUCAGCAGCUCCAGCCUCAGCGGCACCAUGCAGUGCAAACACAGGGCUCCCAACGGGGGGCUCUUCCGGCAGAGCCCUGGCAAGACACCCAUGCCAAUGUCCUACCAGGCAGUCUCCGCAGGACCCAUACCCGAAGCCAUUGACGCCACCCACAGUACAUCCAUAUAGUAAUGGGAGGGGGGACAAGGGAGGGGUCGGCUGCUCUCUGGACUUUGGUCUGGUUUGGGGUUCAAGGCGCGUUAGGGAUCUCUAGAGGAAAAUUGUUCAAGAGGGAUGAAAAAAAAAAAAAACACAUAUGUACAAAGUGAAAAGAUUUUGUAUCUCACUACCUGUUCAGAAAGGCUGACGUUACAGAAAAGAAAGGCGGGCGGGCGGGCGGGCGGGCGUCAUUUUUCUCUUGUACAUAUCUGUAAAUAUGAAGAGAACGAAGUGAGGUCAAAGUGUAUUUUGAAUAUUCUCAAUUUUUGAAGUUGAGUUAUAAAAAACAAACAAAAUGAGAUAAAAAAAGAUAUAUAUAAAUAUAUAUAUAUAUAUAUAUAUAUAUACAUUGAUGAAAAAGUUAUGACUGUUUGAAUGGCUUUGUAAAUUUUGUUCAAUAUGAAACAAUGACGCGAAAUUCAUUGUGAUUGUUUUCUAAGUGCCGAAAUUAAACGAUGUCUCUCCACAACUCAUCGAUGUAAACGACUACCCAUGAUGCACCGCUGUAGGGACAUUUUAGUGUUGGACACCUACUGUUAUGCACCUCCGUACCGACCUUAUAUAUAUCUUCAGCAUCGGAUGGAAAUGAUCACAACAUGUUUUUCCUUUUCCCAUUUGUAUUGAAUAUAUGUUGUUGUUU